GCAUAACAACACUCUCCCAGAAGAGCCACAUAUGGACUCUCUAAAAUUGCAGAUGACACAGGAAUGAAUUCUGCUUGGUGCCGCAGGUUUAUGUCUAAGAAUUAUGUGCAUAUCACUUGGAUUCACAGCACCUCAACAAUAUGGUAGAGUCAGGGACUGAGCCAGUCUAUUCGCAACACUGCAAAGGGCCUCUCCCAAGCUUCUCAUCUUGCUUCCCUCAUUUGCCUGGCAUGUUCAUCUUCAACAGGUCUGAAAUUGAAAUCUCUACCUUCUUCCUGAUUGGGAUCCCAGGGAUGGAGCAUGCCCACGUUUGGAUCUCCAUACCCAUUUGCCUCAUAUACCUCAUUGCCAUCCUGGGAAACUGUGCUAUUUUGUUUUUCAUAAAAACAGAACCAUCUCUGCAUGAACCCAUGUACUAUUUUCUCUCCAUGUUGGCUGUCUCUGACCUAGGACUGUCCCUCUCUUCUCUCCCGACCAUGCUAAGGAUAUUCUUGUUUAAUGCUCCAGGAAUUUCCCCUGAUGCCUGCUUUGCCCAAGAAUUUUUCAUUCAUGGAUUCUCAGCUAUGGAGUCGUCAGUUCUUCUUAUCAUGUCCUUUGAUCGAUUUAUUGCCAUCUGCAACCCUCUGAGAUACACCUCCAUCCUGACCAGAGCCAGAGUCACCAAAAUCGGGCUUGCUUUUUCUUUCAAAAGUGUUUUGUUGAUCCUCCCUUUCCCUUUCACUCUAAAACACCUAAGAUACUGUAAGAAGACCCUCCUUUCCCAUUCCUACUGCCUCCAUCAGGAUGUCAUGAAGCUGGCCUGCUCUGACAAUAAGGUCAAUGUCAUCUAUGGUUUAUUUGUGGCUGUCACAGGCAUCCUAGACCUAGGAUUUAUUUUCAUGUCCUACAUGAUGAUACUGAAAGCAGUAUUGAACAUAGCAUCACAGAAACAAAGGCUGAAGGUCCUCAACACCUGCGUUUCCCACAUUUGUGCUGUGCUCAUCUUCUAUGUUCCCAUUUUCUCCCUAGCUGUGAUCUAUCGGUUUGCCAAACACAGUUCUCCAGUCAUUAGGAUCCUCAUGGCUGAUGUAUUCCUGUUGGUACCUCCAUUGAUGAACCCCAUUGUAUACUGUGUGAAGAGCAAACAGAUAAGAAAUACGGUUUUAGGGAAGUUGUGUCAGAAACACAGCUGACAAGGAAUGUUUAGCCACAAUGAAACCUCAAUCAGUGAAUGACACAGAACAAGUAGAAUGAAUCAAUAAGGAAUCACAGCAUAUAUUAAUCAUUUUACAAUAUCAUCUUUCAACAUGUUUAUUAAGAUUGAA